GCCUGAGUCGUGUGACCACCUACACAAGCUCAAAAUUUUCAACAGCAGCUCUUCCUCCGGGAGCUUCUGGAGCAGCUGAGGGACCGCGUGGGACAGAAUCUGGCUAAAACCUGCCUAGGAUCCUACCCACUGGGGCAGGGAAUGUGGAAGAUGUGGGCCUUCAGUCCGGAGGUUUCCCCAGACGCACCCUGUGUCAUCACAGCCCACCUGCUUCAAAUUUGUACCCUCUUCCUGACCUUGCUGGACAUGGCCCCGAGCAACCAACCCUUCGCCACAGUCUGGAACGCAGACACCCAGCGGUGCCUGGAGAACUACGGCGUGGACGUGGACGUCAGUGUCUUUGAUGUGGUCGCCAACCCUGGGCAGACCUUUCUCGGCCCUAACAUGACCAUUUUCUACAGCUCAAAGCUGGGCACCUACCCCUACUACACAGCCACUGGGGAGCCCGUGUUUGGUGGGCUGCCACAGAAUGCCAGCCUGGGGGAACACCUGGCCUGCUCAUUCCGCGACAUCCAGGCUGCCGUGCCUGCCCCUGACUUCUCAGGGCUGGCGGUCAUUGACUGGGAGGCGUGGCGCCCACGCUGGGCCUUCAACUGGGACACCAAGGAUAUUUACCGGCAGCGCUCACAGGCGCUGGUUCAGGCACAACACCCUGACUGGCCCGAAAGUCAGGUGAAGACAGUAGCCAAGGAGCAGUUCCAGCAGGCUGCACGGGCCUGGAUGGCGGGCACCCUCCAGUUAGGACAGGCGCUGCGUCCUCGUGGCCUCUGGGGCUUCUAUGGCUUCCCCGACUGCUACAACUACAACUUUGAAAGUCCCAACUACACAGGCCAGUGUCCAUUAGGCAUCCCUACCGAGAAUGACCAGCUGGGGUGGCUGUGGAACCAGAGCCGCGCCCUCUACCCCAGCAUCUACCUACCUGCGGCCCUCUCGGGCACAGGGAAGACACAGAGGUAUGUGCGACACCGUGUGGCUGAGGCAUUCCGUGUGGCCAGGGCUUCCAGGGAUCCCCGUCUCCCGGUGCUGCCCUACACCCAGAUCUUCUACGACACCACAAACCACCUUCUGCCCCUGGAGGAGCUGGAGCACACCCUGGGGGAGAGCGCAGCUCAGGGGGCAGCAGGAGUGGUGUUCUGGGUGAGCUCAGAAGACACAAAUUCCAAGGAAUCGUGCCAGGCCAUCAAGGACUACAUGGAUACCACACUGGGGCCCUUCACCCUGAAUGUGACCAGCGGGGCUCUCCUCUGCAGUCAAGCUCUGUGCUCCGGCCACGGCCGCUGUACCCGCCACCCCGGCCACCCGGAGGCUCUCCUCCUCCUCAACCCCACCAGCUUCGCCAUCCGGUUCCCGCCAGGCCGCAAGCCCCUGACCCUGAAAGGUGCCCUCUCGCGUGACGAUCAGGCCCAGAUGGCUAUGAAGUUCAGAUGUUCUUGCUACCCUGGCUGGCGGGGAGCAUCGUGUGAGCGGCCAGACGUGCAAUGACCGGCCACGCUGGUCUGCACACGCUGAGCAUCGGGUGUCCUAGGGGCUGGCCAUGCUUCCUCGAACACGGACAGGGCACCCAAACCGCGAUCACAGUCAGGAGGACACUCAGUCACCCCCGUGGGCACAUGCCCUGCACGCAAAUGCACUCACAGACCAGGAGAGCACACGAGGACUCAGCACCAGGGCAGCCGUCACCGUGUUCAUAUGUCUGUGUGACAGGGUCGUGGACAGUUCCUCUCCAGACAGUUUUUGACCUGCAGGAAGGCCUGUGCUAAGCUUGCUACAUGCGCUCACUCACUCCUCACGGUAACUGAGGCACCCACGGAGAGGAUGUGCACUUUUUGCGCAAGGUCGCGCAGCAAGAAAAGAGAGAAACUAAGAUUCAAACCAAAGCUGUCCGGCUCCAGAGACAGAGCCCCUGCGCACCUACUGUGUGUUGGUGGUAACCCCUGAACCCGCUGACAGCCACGAGCCCCGCACAGUCCAGCCAAUAAAGUAGUCACGAUUUACUUAGA